AUGUCUGUCCAGUUUCCACCUUCAUCUCCGGCUCGCGUGCUAGAACAUGAGAAAGGCCAAGGUGACCACGAAGACCCCUUCUUUCAGCCCUCUGUGAAGCCAUUGGCAGCGACUAUCGACUUUUUCCAGAAACGAGAAAUCAAGCCUCCUCGAAGAUUUGUCAACCGGCGCUCCACAGAGUAUCCCACUCCGAAUCCGUCGUCAACGCUUGACAGGUCCUCGUCGCCGGUCAGGAUCCGUAACUCCUCGCCCCCAGAAUCAAGGGCGGCUGCUAAAGAAGGCCGUCAUAGAAAGACGACGCGUGGAUUCAAAAUUUCCAUUUUCUUGGAUGCCCUUAGCGGUUCGCGCAUAUCUGUGGGCCGAAGCACCACUCUGUGCGAUAUACUUCUACCUCGACACAAAAGCAUUUCUAGGCACCAUGCCUACGUGAGUUAUCUCUCAGAAACCGAGCAAGUGAAAUUAGAGUGCACUGGUUCCAACGGACUCAUUGUUGACAUACCUCACAGAUUGGAUCUUCCGCUUCUCCGGUGUGCUAGCGAUUCUUUAGUCUACGAAUUUUCUCAGAACACAGACCAACCUAGAUUAAGUGACAGAGAAAUAGUUCAGGAUGAAGAGAACACUUCGUUCGUGAUGUUCAAGGGUGAGACAGUCUUGAUGCCCUUCUUUAAAGACACGGUCAUCGAUUUUAGGCAAAACAUGCAGGCUUUCCUUUCGCUGACUUCUGAUGAAGAAGCUGAGAAUGCGACGGAAACGGAAGACGAGCUAGAGGCUUUGCGUCUUCCGAAUGGAAGUUUUUACCAUAGCGUUACAACUUCACAAAAAGGUGGUCAGUCGCAAAUUGAUCUUCUUUCUACUCCACCACGUACGAACACCUUAAUGGAACACCAAGAGGAAAUAAGAUUGGAACCAGCCACCUUAACAACCCCUGAAAUGUUACCUAUAAUGGUCACGUCAUUGACGCCUUCGUUGUAUAAGGGCACGCGCACCAAAGCCGCACACACCACGAUAGAACAAGGCACUUGCUUGCAAGCUAAAGAACCCGGAGUGAAUUCCGAAGAAAUGGUGGCAGAUCCAAUUUCGAUUAGAAGGCGAAAAUUCGAAUCACCAUCGCCAAAGAAAAAUCAUAAGCGAAAGAAUCAAAUUGCUGGCAAGGACGCAACUCCUGAAGAGAUAGUCUCAUGUCUCAUUAGCAAAAAUGUACCAAUUGUCGAGUUACAAAAUGUACUCAUCAAUUACUUGGCAUUCUCCAACGUUCAGCAGGUACCACUUUCUCUUUUGAAAGACGUCAACUCCAAGAUUUCAGCACUGGACACGUCAGAGUUGCGCGCUCUUUUAGUGACUGAGAAAUGCAUCGGUGUCAUUCGCCGCCAGGGGAAGGAUGCCGCAGGAAAGCCACUUGACGAAGAAUACUAUUAUGAUCUUGAGAAUGAUCCCGACACCGACCGCAGGAUGCUUGUUACCUCAUUGAAAGGUGGGAGAUCUGGGUUGCGAAAUUGCAGGAAGACUCACAAACAAUACUUCUGGAAAAAGCCAGCCAAAUAA